AAUACAGUGAAGCGGGAUAGUGCGAGAUUAGGGGGAUAAUACUGGAAUGACGUUUAAACCCGUAACACCAGACCAGAAAGAUAAAAGAAAAAAGUUGAGAGAAGACGACUAGAGCCUGUAGCACAUUCAGAAGAGGAGGUUUCCAUGGGAACGCGCGUUAACGCGCUGACCCAGUAAGCGCUCCACACACCGAGCCGGACCCAGUGUGGGGCUACAGCUGGGGCAGAGGUCCGUCGGCGGGGCGCUGCUCUUGUGAAGACAUUGUUUGAAAGAGCCAGCUGGGGGUCCUACUGCAUACCCGAGUUCAGAGAGAGCGAGGGGGUGGGGGGAGAGGGGGGGAAGAGACGCCAGCCCCAGAGCAGAGAGCUGUGGAAAAGUCCUUCUCAUUCAGCCAGUCUCUCUCUCCGAGCGAGCAGCGGAGCAGGGCGAGGCAGCUACGCCGGAGCCCAGGUCGUCGCGGACAGCGGUGCUCUCCGGGGAAUCAUGCCGCGUGUCAGGCUCCUGUCCCUCGCGGUGUUCGCCGCCCUCCUCGCCGCUCUCCUCUCGGGAGCGGGCUCGGAGCUGAUGACCCUGGUUCAGGGCGCAGCCCGGCCCGAGUCCGCGCUGCUCAAGCCCAAAGUGCUGAUCGCGAUCCUGGCCAGGAACGCCGCGCACAGCCUGCCCUUCCACCUGGGCUGUAUUGAACGCCUGGACUACCCCAAGGAGCGCAUCGCUAUCUGGGCAGCUACAGACCACAAUGUGGACAACACCACAGCAAUGCUGAGAGACUGGCUGAAGAGGGUUCAGGGGCUCUAUCACUAUGUGGAGUGGAGACCCAUGGAGGAACCUCGCUCCUACUCCGAUGAGAUGGGGCCCAAGCACUGGACCAGCUCGCGCUUCACCCACGUCAUGAAGCUGCGCCAGGCCGCUCUGCGGGCGGCGCGGGAACGCUGGGCCGAUUACAUCCUGUUCGUGGACAGCGAUAACCUCCUGUCGAACCCGCGGGUCCUGUCUCAGCUGAUGGCCGAGAACCUCACGCUGGCGGCGCCCAUGCUGGACUCCCGUUCCCUGUACUCGAACUUCUGGUGCGGCAUCACGCCCCAGGGGUAUUACAAGCGCACCCCGGACUACGUGCCCAUCCGAGAGUGGAAGAGGCUGGGCUGCUUUGCGGUUCCCAUGGUGCACUCUUCCUUCCUGCUGGAUCUGCGGCGCAGCGCGAGCCGAGCCCUGGCCUUCUACCCCCCACACCCCGACUACACCUGGGCCUUUGACGACAUCAUGGUGUUCGCCUUCUCUGCGCGACAGGCAGACAUACAGAUGUACAUCUGUAACAGAGAGCACUAUGGGUACCUGACGGUGCCCCUGAAGCCCCAGCAGACCCUGGAGGAGGAGGUGGAGAGCUUCGUUCACAUGCAGAUGGAGGUCAUGAUUGACCGCCCGCCGAUAGAGCCGUCGCAGUACCUGUACACCCCACCUGCGCCGCGAGACAAGAUGGGCUUUGAUGAGAUUUUCCUGAUUAACCUGAAACGCCGCGCGGACCGCCGGGACCGCAUGCUGCGCACGCUGGAGGCCCUGGGCAUCGACACCACAGUGACUGAGGCCGUGGACGGCAAAGCACUCAACACCUCUCAGAUUCAGGCCCUGGGCAUAGAGAUGCUACCGGGCUAUAAGGACCCCUACUCUAGCCGGGUCCUGACCCGGGGCGAGAUCGGCUGUUUCCUGAGCCACCACUACACCUGGACACAGGUGGUGGAAAGGGGUCUGCAGCGUGUCCUGGUGCUCGAGGAUGAUGUGCGUUUUGAGCCCAGGUUCAAGAGGAGGCUAAUGGCCAUUAUGGACAAUAUAGACCAAGCCCAGCUGGACUGGGACCUCAUUUAUAUAGGGAGGAAGCGGAUGCAGGUGAAGCAGCCGGAGGAGUCGGUCCCGGGGGUCAAUAACCUGGUGGUGGCCGACUACUCCUACUGGACGCUGGGGUACGCCCUCUCCCAGCAGGGGGCGCUCAAGCUGCUGGCGGCCCAGGCCUUUGGGAAGAUGUUGCCCGUGGACGAGUUUCUGCCGAUCAUGUUCAACAAGCACCCCAAGGUGGAGUACAUGGAGCAGUUUGAGCAGCGGAACCUGCGGGCGUUCUCAGUGGAGCCCCUGCUGGUCUACCCCACGCACUACACCGGCGAGCCAGGAUACAUCAGCGACACCGAGACUUCAACGAUCUGGGACGACGAGUCGGUGAACACGGACUGGGACCGGGAGCACUCUCGCAAGACCCGGCAGCAGGGUCAGAUCAGCACCGCGGCCCAGAACAAUGUGGCCAGCGCCAGCCCUGCCAGCGCCACCCGUGAUGAGCUCUGAGGAGCACUGACACGCACGCCAUAAUCCCCUCCAAGUACACACUGCACACACCAUCCAUCCCCAACAACCACACACACCAUCCAUCCCCAACAACCACACACACUGACACACACCAUCCAUCCCCAACAACCACACACACUGACACAGACAUACAAAUCCCAACAUACUGACACACUGACCUGUGUCUCCAGAUGGGAGGCGCAGUAGAUGCUGCAGGAAGUGGGCGAUUGGCUCCCCCCACCACGGUUCACCCCGGAACUUUGGACAUUGAGUUGAUUGAACCCCUUCCCCCUUGUGCUGCUUUGUUAUUGUGCUGCAUUGUUUCUCUGCAUUUGUCCAUCUGUUGCAGAUGAAUAUUCUGUAGUGGAUGACAAGCAGACUCUCUGUACUAAUCACUGGGGGAGUUUUGAGACCUGCGAGACUGGAAUUGUCUCCAACAUACAGUAGAAGGUGUCUGGAGCACCCGCUGUGUUCAAAAUCAUGACAAGAGGAAAUUCAGAUUGAUAGUCUCAGACAGAUAUUGUAGAUGAGAAGCUGUGGAACUCUAGCAUUUUAGUUGACUUUAGUAACAGGCUGGCCCUGUGUGCUGUAACUAGUUCAAAGACUGGGGUCAGGUGUGUGGGGUCGGGGUGGGGUGGGGGGGACUGGGAGGAUGUGGGGCAUCAGUCAGGUAGCAAGACAGCUGUGUCUCAGAGCCAGGUGACCUACUCCCUCUUCUGCAAGGAACUUGGGUGUCCCAAACCUCACCUCGGUGUGCAGCUUCCACUGUCUCAGGCUCAGCUCACGUAUGGACAGACCCCACCUUCCAGUCCCACUCAUAGUACAGUGAGUGAGACAGAGAGCCCCCUGGGAUCCUGCUGUAACUCAAUAGAAAAGACACCACAUCUGUUUCUAACAAUGACCAGCUGCUGACCAGUUGAACAAAACACAGCCCUGUGUUUGUGUGGAUUUGGGUGAGUGAGAGAGCAUGUAUGUGCAGUCCUGGGCAUUAAUUCACAAACACAGCGACACAGUUACUGUCAGCUUCUGGUUUAGGGAGUGGAGCUACUACUCACUCAGAAACAGGGUGCAGUCAGACAGUCAGCCAGAGUCAGGGGACAGGAGCAGCAGGGGCAGGCACUGCGAUGUUCAUACAUGCCGCUGUGCCACAAAUCCCUGCCACUGCUGUUCCUGUCACUCUCCAGUAGGGCGGCGAUAUAACACUUGGGAACAGCACUGAACUUCUCUCAUUGUGCCAGACACACGUUUUGGGCAGGGAAGCAGUGUAACUGCAGUUUGUGCCUGUCAGACUGACGCAUUGUAAAUUGUGCCUUGGCAUCCCCUUCUGAUGCUUGGCAUGGCAGUAAUUAAUGAGGUUGGCUUGAUUUAGUCUCUUUAAUUAUUACUUGCUGUGCAGAGCUGUGUGGAUACAGAGAUAAUUUAAUGGACAAAACAUUUUUGUUACUGCAUCAGUAAAGUGUUGCAACAGUA